CAAAGCCCCCCUCGGCAACCAUGUGCAUCAUCUUCUUUAAGUUUGAUCCUCGCCCUGUUUCCAAAAAUGCAUACAGUUGCCAAGCUGGAACAUGAAACUCAGUUUUCUUACCUUAAAACCAGAGCUCUAAAAGUUUGGCAGUGUCUCGGAGGCUGAGGCGGGAGGAUCUCUUGAGGUCAGGAGUUUGAGACCAGCCUGAGCAAAAGCUCAUCCUGGCCGCCAACAGGGACGAGUUCUACAACAGACCCUCCAAGUCAGCCGACUUCUGGGGCAGCCACAACGAGAUCCUCAGCGGGCUCGACAUGGAAGAGGGCAAGGAAGGAGGCACGUGGCUGGGAAUCACCAUGCAUGGGAAGCUGGCAGCCCUCACCAACUACCUGCAGCCCCGGCUGGACCUCGAGGCCCGGGGGCGAGGUGAACUGGUGACCCACUUUCUGACCACUGGGGUGGACAGCUUGUCCUACUUGAAGAAGGUCUCUGCGGAGGGCCACCUGUACAACGGCUUCAACCUUGUCGCGGCUGACCUGAGCACGGCGAGGGGAGAUGUCAUUUGCUACUACGGAAACCGUGGGGAGCCGGAGCCCAUUGUCCUGACGCCAGGGGUCUACGGGCUCAGCAACGCGCUGCUGGACACGCCCUGGAGGAAGCUGUGCUUCGGGAAGAAGCUCUUCCAAGAGGCUGUGGCGCGGAGCCAGGCGCUGCCCAAGGAUGUACUGGUCGCCCAGCUCCUGGACGUGCUCAGCAACGAAGAGGCGCAGCUGCCAGACCCGGCCAUUGAGGACCAGGGCCAGGAGUACGUGCAGCCCAUACUGAACAAGUACGCGGCCGUGUGCGUGCGCUGCCCAGGCUACGGCACCAGAACCAACACCAUUAUCCUCGUGGACGCAGACGGCCAUGUGACCUUCACUGAGCGCAGCAUGCUGGACAAGGACCCCUCUCGCUGGGAGAUCAGCACGCAUGAGUUCACUCUGCAGAGCUAACCCCACCUCCGGGUGCAGCCAGCAGGCUCAUAGGAGCCCCUGCCUCAAGGGCCAGCUUGGAAGGGCAACUUCCCUGGCCACAUGGCACUGCCUGGGGCUCAGCCAGCGUCCCCCAGGAUCAGGGGCUCUGAUUUGUGUGUUUCCUGUCUUGUGUCCGCGUGCCCAGCUCAGGGUCCACCCUUAUGCCAAUGGCAGGCAGCAAAGUCUGACACCAGGUCUGGGAUGGGCCCAGGGGUGCCGUGAAUGCGUGAAUACACCUGGGCCUACCCCUCCCAUGUGCAAAGGCACACGCAUGCACACACACAAGGCACGUGCACACGUGCCUACACGUGCACAGGCAUGCACACAGGUUCAUGCAUAGGCACCACACAAAGGCAUGUGUGCACGCACAGUUGCACAGACGUGUACACGCACUUGACAUGCCAAGCAGGCGGGGAGUACCUUUUACCCGUCACGCACUUCUGGCCGGUGAGUCUUUGCUCUGCUCAAAUGACAUAAGUAGACUCUCAUUUAAAAGCGGCCCCCCUCCUGGGGAGCACAGGGCACGGGUGUGGUUUGAUUCCUAGCAACCGGCCCUGCUCCUGCAGAGGAGACCGGCCCCGUGUGGACACGGGCACAGGGAGGCUGAGGAAAGCCCACCCUCACAACAGAAACAGGCGUGGUGGUGGAGCCAGUGGUCCAGCUGUGCACUGCAUGAGCUCGUGUGUUUGGACAGUCCCGGCGUGCUGGGUGGUUCCGUGUGUGCUGGGGCUCUCGGGACCCUGCUGGCCCACUUGGGGGCCGUGGGUUCUGGUAGCCGUGUCAGCAAGUGGGCCCAGCCAGCCCUGCCCUCUUCCUCAGCGGGUCGGACUUCAGGGAAUCUGUCCUUGAACACGGCUGUUGAUAAUAAACCGCGGCUGUGGUGAGUGUGUGCGUCUCGAGGCCCUUACCUGUGUCCCAGGAGGUAGCAGGAGUGGCUGUGCACACGGAUGCCUGCACGAGGCUUUCUGCUUCCUCUGUUGCGAGAGAGCGCAUGCAUGUGGGACACGGCAGGUACCGGGCUUCACCAGGUGGCUGUGGGAGCCCCAUGGGGACCCUUGGAGGGAGACGCCUGGUGGCCUGUUCCCCAGACCAACUGUGGAGGCCCCAGGGAUAGCAACAGGGGCAGCAGGGCAGGCCGGAGGCUGGCCUCUCUCAGCCCUAGAAGCUCCUCGUGUGUCGGCACUCUGGAGCGUGCGUCCCUAGGCUGGGCCAAGCAUAAGGGGUUCCCUAUAUGCAACACUUUGCCCCAGGCUUUCCCUGCCUCUGCAACCCCUGCCAACUUGGCCUUCUGGGGUCAUGACUGCAGGGUGGGUGUGGACCUGCGAGAGGGCUUCCCAGCCUGGGAAGGGCAUGUGGCAGGUCUGCCUGCGGAGGAGCAGGGGCUUCCCUGCCCCAACCAUGCCACUGGGGCCUGAUCCCCUCCAUGGCUCAUUCUGAACUCAGAGCAGGGUUCCCAGUGGCAACCCAGCCCAUGCCUCCAAGGCCAAGGGGAAACGGAGGACCCAAGUCCCAUGUGUGUCUGGCUGAGUCAGGACGACAGGGUCCCAACUCAGGGCGCUGCCCCUCUUGCCAGCAUCGUCCUUGCCCCGUGUGCUGUGCCAGCACCUCCGGCCAGGUUCCCCGCCCUCAGGAAGUGCCUCCCUCAGUGUCCCCUCUGUCCCAGAGACCAGACCUGCCCAGGGAGAGCUCUCUAAGCCCUGUCACGGGUCCCUCUGCGGCAGCCUGCCCGGGGCUCCCCAGCAGCUUUGGCCCCUGCCCCCUCGGGGCAGCCCGAGGUCCCGUUGUUGUUAUGCAUCGAGGUGUGUGUGUCCACUGACAACAAUACGUUUGUGUCUUGCACCUGGCACCUCAGAGUGUGACUGUUUGGAGACAUGGUCUUUCCAGAGGGCACCAAGAUAGAAUGUGGCCACACGGUGGACUCAUCCAAGAUGAUAGGUGUCCGUAUAAAAAGAGGAAGAUUUGGACACAGGGACAGACACGCACAGUGAGACCAUGUGUAGAGACUGGAGUUCUGCUGCCUCCGCCAAGGCAGCACCAGAAGCCAGAGGGAGGCCUGAGCCUCUCCUGAGCCUCAGAGGGGCAGGGCCCUUCUGCCCCCUGAUCUCAGAUGUCCAGCCUCCAGAACUGGGACAGUGAAUGUCUGUCUGCGCUGUUCUGUUUUGGUGCUUUGUUACGGCAGCCUGAACAGAUGAAUGCGAUUGUGAUGUUUACCUUACAGGUUUGGGGAGACAG